AUGUUUCAAUCGAAACCGGACACCGAAGCUUGUCACUUCAUUGCUGAAUUAAAUUUUACCGCAAAAUCGAAAGGAAAAAGUUCUGGAAAGUGGGGCGGUCUUGAGAGCACGUACAGCAAAGUUUUGAAUUUUUCUGCUGUCUUGGUUUUUAAAACAGGCAAUAAGGGGUCGGAGAAUCCUAAAUAUCUUCGGAACACCAGCAAUCGAUACAAGCAAGAAAAUAUCUCUAUAAUCACAACAUCAGCACUGCUACCUACAAGAAGCAUUCAAACGAGAAAUGACAUAGAGAAAAGCGAUAAGAAUCGAAAUAGAGAAGAAGUAGAGGAGAGAAUGAAAAAAUUCACGCAUCACGUGAGUGCGGAGUUCCUGGGUUUGGGGGAGAGUCGCCGCAUAAUUUGGAACCAACGUACAAAUAUCGGUGAUGCAAAUAAUUGGGAGGACAACAAAAUGCCAUGUUCAUCAGAUGCACUUCACUUCCCACAACGAAGUUAUGAUCUCAUUAAGUUGUCAAACUUUAGCAUGAAGGAAAUCAUUUUGCCCAAGACCGGCGGCUUCAUAUUAGACUCACAAACGACUUUGAACUUCCACGAAAACGAUCCACAAUGCAAGCCAAAUGAAACGAAAAUGUUUAAAAGUGUCAUUCAAUCGCCAUGGUUAUCGACCAGCAAUUGGAAUAACGCUCGUGACGUAAGUGAGAUUGAAGUUGACGAUGAAUUUUAUAACAAAGCGACACCACAUGAAGAGCGACUGCCAUGUGACAACGACGAAGUCAUUUUCCCCAUCAAUAAUUCAUAUGUUGUCGACCUACAAUCAAUUCCGUCAUUGUCUUUCAAGACCAUCGCCAUAAAUGGUCGCAUUUUGUCGAUUGGGGAAUUUAAAGAGUUCUUGUCGUCAACAUUUGGUCAGUCAAUGUUCAAAAACGUCGAAAACACGAUUUUUGAUGAAAGUUCUUGUAUCGAUGAGAACAAAUGUGUCUGUCAUCGCAAGAAUGCUGCUUUAAUGGAGCAGCUAUGUUCGAAUGAGAUGCGAGACUGUCGAAGUAUUCCGCCUUGUACCGACCCCAUCGAACCCAUUGGUCAUUGUUGCUUCGAAUGCGGAGCGCUUUUCCAAAUGAAACUCAACGCAAUCAAUAAUUUUCAAUUGAAAACUUUCAAGAGAAAUAUUGCAGAAGCCGUCAAUGCAACAAGUGUUGUUGAUGCAGACAAAAUCGUUUAUCAUAUCAGUGUCGUAACGGGGAAAGAACGGCAACUGUAUUUACAGCUCAUUAUUGUUGAUCGAUAUGAAUACGAUGAACUCAGCACUAAAUUGAUGGACGAUCUGCGGAAGACUUUGUUGAAUAAAUUCUAUGAGACGCAAUCAAAGUUUUAUUUUAUCUCUGGAAUGCCAUUUACGCCCAACGAGAGUGGUCACGUUCUUGCGUUCGUAUUCGGCACAUUUUUCUUUGUGGCACUGUUUAUGACGCUGAUUUAUGCUGUCUAUUAUGAUGACAAGCAUUUUCCACGACUUUUUGCUGUUGUGGUGAGAAAUCGUCGCUUUCUUCAACCAACUGACGUAACUUUCGCUCGCUUUGACAACGCUCCCCAUGUGAACGAAGACGAAGCUUGUAGUGCGUCUGGUGUCGAUUUGCACUUUGGGAGCGAUCAAAGCAUUGAAAAUCUCAACACUUCCUUCAAUAAUCCAAUGUUUGAUCAAAAUAUCACAGAAGAGAGUGCGAAGGAAGAUUGA